AUGACCGCAGGCGACCCUAAAUCUCGCGGUUAUGAACCCGCUCACCUUCACGAUGUGGAUUCCGAACCACUGAGUCUGACUUCCUGGGAGUAUAAGCGCCAUCCGGUGUAUUCGCGCAGCGAAUGGCUCUACGAGACUAUUACCCUUGUUAUCAGCCUAGGUCUUCUCGGUGGCAUCGUCUGUAUCUUCUGGUAUAUGGAUGGAAAACUUCUCUCUGACUGGCCCGGCCCUGUAUCCCUCACCGCGACAAUUUCCAUCCUAACAACCUGCUGCACUGCGGCAAUGAUGCACAGCGUUAGCCAGUUUAUCAGUCAACUCAAGUGGCUUUACUUCGGGAAAGGGAGGGCCCAGAAGCUGGCCCAAUUCGAGACGUUUGACGAAGCGAGCCGUGGCCCUUGGGGUUCCAUCAUGCUGCUUACCACAGUCAAGUGGAAUCUGGCCACUCUCGGCGCACUUAUCACAAUCUUUCGGCUGAGCUUUGCGCCGCUUGCCCAGCAAGUUCUUGCGUUCCCGGAGCGGGAUAAUCACACCGAGGAUUACAGCGUUACUUUUGGCUACUCCCACAAUUUUAGUUAUCCCAGGCCUGGCACAGCACGGGGAUUCGGUGUGUUUGACGGCAUCACACAAGACCCUGGUCUGCAGGCCGCCAUAGUCCAGGGCCUGUAUGGAAUCAGAAGCCUUGCAGAGUUUAGCUGCCCUGGAAUCUGUGACUGGAACGGCUCAUAUAUAUCUCUCGGCUUUAGUAGCGCAUGUAGCAAUGUCACGGAGGCAACUUUGCAGACAGAAAGCUGUGGUAGUGUGAAUUACUGGAAAGUGUGCAACAUGACAACGCCAGGAGGAGUGAUGGUCUCGACUCGACUGCAGGAGACCGUUGCCGGUACCAGCUACUAUAUGAAUGUUUCCUCCCUGGUCACCGAUAUUGCCAAUCCGAACGACAUGCUGCGGCACAGCCUACCGGUAGUUGUCAGGUUCGCAAUAUACAGAUCAACCCCGAGCCUGAACAUGUACGCUACUAACAUCAACAUAACGGACUGCUCUCUGUUCCUCACGGCAUAUCAAUACACACAUGCCAAGGCAAACGGCAGUGACUUUUCCUUCGAGCAGGUCCGGGAACUUGAUUUUGGCGUCGAGAACCCAUGGAACGUUGAGAGGACCACUGUCUUGGGCUCAAGAGUAUAUACCGAUGUGACCGAGGCCAACAAUAUUAGUAUUCCUGCCCUACAAAUUGGCUGGGCUGACCUUGCGGCCUUGGGCAAUUAUCUCAAGUCACGGAUGUUUGUUACAGAGUGGGUAGAAGGAAACUACGAGAACAGUGAUAUAGGGCUGACUGCUCUUUUCUACGGCGAUGCGGACAUCGACAAGCCAUUCGAAAGAAUGGCCAAAAGUAUGACAGACUAUCUACGGCGCUCUCCUGAUGCCUUGGCCGCUUCUGGAGAGAGGGUCAAUCGAUUGACGUAUGUUCAGAUCCAUUGGUGGUAUCUCAUCGGCCCUGCGGCCAUUCAGCUGAUGGCGGUAUUGUUUGGCAUCACGACAAUCUUCAUCAAUCGCAAGAGUCGUCGCGUUCCGCUAUGGAAGUCAUCUGCGCUGGCGGUGCUGGCUUGUCAGCAUGAACAGCAGCUCGGCAUAAUACACAGCAAGGUCAAGGAUAUCAAGCAGAUUGAAAAGGCGGCUGAGAAGGCUAAGGUGCGGCUGGAAUAG